UUGGUUAUUCAUAAAUAUGAUUUCAGUUCAGUUUGUGUACGAACCGCACUGCAAACAGGCUCACCUUCCUUCUUCUGGGUCCGACCCUCCAGAAGCGCAUUUCGAGUAAAAAUGGAGGCACCAAUACCAAAACUAGCCAGUAAUAAAUCUGUGGGGACUCUGACGGAAGAUAUUACAGAAAACCAAAUAAAAACACCGUGUACCACUCCAGCAGGAGAGACCGCUGAUGGAGACUAUUUCACGUGUCAUGAACAGAACCCAAAUAGCGUAAGUUCAGACGUCCCGGUGGGACCGUAUCUUUCUGAUGAGAAUGAAAACUGGGAACCCGACCUGCCUUGUGCAGAAUCAUUAGCCACCUCCAUAAUCUAUGGGGACACUGAUCAGUACAAAAUCAUUGGGCGCAAUCAUCACAUAACGGACGAUUCAACGACGCUCCAAGUACUCGUUCGUGCGCUAAAACAGCCAACUUUAGAGGAAAGUGUGCAUGUUCAAGCUCCAUCGAAAGUGUCAUGCCUUCCCAAGAAAGUGGCAGAUGAGGAGUCCAUACAGUUUACAUCGUCCACAUCUCUCGUGACUGACGAUUACGAGAAGAACCAGGAGCCAGUCAAAGCUGAAGUGCAUGUUCAUCGCCGGAAAAAAUUGGAGUGGAAGCUCCAACCAAACAGUGAACCCCUAACAUCCGAACCUAGGCCGCGAGGGAGUAGGAACAGUUGGACCGUCUACGAUGACUUACUGGAAGAUCUGGAAGAUAGUCUGUGUCCAGUGGAAAGCCAUACACACGACCGAUCAAGCACUGGACUAGAUCCAAGUGAAUCUUUCAACGGCCUCGAUCUGCCCGCAUCAAAGAGAAUGUAUGAAAUCAUUGAAGACUAUUUACAGCGAAAAUUCCUAAACUUCUCGGGUCGGUUAGACCGAGAUACAGACUAUACAAGGUCGACGAAGAUUUGUGCUGAAAUCGCUACCAUGACAGACGCUGAAGAAAGGGACGACGACGAAGAAGAGUCAUGGUUCGCUAACCGGAGGUCUCAGUGUCUUCCAAUGUGCCGAUGUGUGCCCAAGCGGACUAUCUCAAAACGUUUCUAA